AUGGGGGAGAUAAUCUGGCAGUGCUUCAACGGAGCUCGUCGGAGCAUAAAGAUAGUGAAUGCGAGUACUUUGAGCGAGAAUAGGAGGAUAUACCAAGGAGGAUGGUCUCGUUAUCCAUUGUCGGAUUGUUCUCCAAAACGACGCUUAGCCAAGGCAUCCAAGAGCUCCUCUCGGUCGUGGAAGUCGUGGUGGAAUGACCCCGAGAUGAAGAGGCGGCGGAGGAUCUCAAAAUACAACUUGUAUAGCGCUGAAGCCAGCGUCAAGCGCUCUUUCAAGAAAGGCCUUCGCUGGUUGGGGAAAAAGUGCUCUAUGAUCAUAACUUCUAUUUGA